CCUCACUUCACCUAUUUCCAACUCAUCAUAUCAUCAUAUCCGAUAUCCUCCAGACAAGCGCUCUCCAACACCAUCAUGGCCCAACCACAAGACCUCCAAGCACACAUAGACCACCUCCCCAGCCUCCCCCUGGAAGAAACAAUCCAAGAAAUUCUGCGUCUCGUCCCCGGCCUCACCCCAUCCGUCUCCCCAGCCGCCGACCGCCUCAUCACCCACGACAACUACACCGGCACCGCCCACCUAGACAAGCUAGGCAAACUAUACCUACAGACCGGCAGCCGCUGCAUAGCAGAACACGCCUCCCUCGCAACCCGCCUGUCCUACCUUCCUCUCGACGCGCUCUUCCUGGAACUGUACGAGCGCAGCGACGACAUUCGAAAUGCAGCUAUCACGGCCGGAACGGCGACAGAGCCCAGCUAUGAAGGCCAAGGCUGUCCCUGCUGCAGCGGGGAGCCGUCGGCGGUGAUUCUCAUGGGGUUUGCGGAUGGGGAGUCGUUGUAUUUUGAGGAGGAGGAGUAUCGACGGCUUUGGGGGAACGUGGAGUCCGUCGGGACGCGUUUGUACUAUGAGGAUGGGGAUAGCAAACGUAGGGUGUGUAUGCUUAUGGCGUCGAAGGAACAGGUUGGGGAACUGAUGGAGAGGGAGAGAGGUGCUAUGGCUAUGUUGUAGUGCUUUUUGGGUGGAGGGAAUGUGAGUUGUUACAAGACAGAGACAGAUAAUGCCCAGAAUGGGUGCUUCAGUAGCA